CAUCUCCGGUGUUGAGUUCGCUGUCGCAGGUUUUAGAUUAGGGGCAAUCGAGCAUAUGCGCGGUAUACUGUGGUCCCAAGCGCUAGCGGGCCCCAACGUUUGCGUCCCCAUAAUCUAAAACUCUCCAAUGCACAGCGUCAUGGGAGGCAACCGGUUCGGGCCACGCCUGGUACGACUACACCGACAUUCUCGGUACGUUACCCUCCGGAUCCAUCUGCCAGAUUCACUUACCUAAUUAGUCGCCACCUCUGAGUAACCUCCAAAAGCUGAACUACGGGAAGAUAGACUUCCUCGCGACGCCGACUGAAUGGAAGCGUCACGGAUGGAGUGCAUAGUCGAAUGGGCGAUGCGCCUUCCUGCCUUCUCUGGAACAUGCCACCGGGUCUCGUUAUGCUUGACACGACCUACACUGGGCGGGAUCGGCGAGACGGACCAAACAUGUGUAACACGCACGCGGUCGCGCGUGCAGCUGCGCCCGGUGAAGAGGAACCGUUGUGCAUGGCGGCGGCGGUGCUGGCCGAGGACCGGCGCGCAACAUGCCGGCCACGCAAGCAGCUCGUGCCGUUGCCGCCGGGGCCGCCCGAGGUGCUGCGGUUCCCGCGACUGGUGGAGCUGAAGCGCUGCGAGGGGGCUUGCGACCACGGAAGACACCACUGCUGGCCCACGGUCAAGCACAGCGUCAACAUCAAGGUGGUGAGAGUGAAUGUGACCGAAGGUAAGACACAGGCUCAGUGCGCUGAGGAGAUCAUGGAGGAACACACUAAGUGCAGCUGCAAGUGCCGUGCCGAGAAGUCCCACUGCAGCCCAAAUCAGGUGUAUGUGGCAUCAGAGUGUGCGUGCCUCUGUCCAGACCACCAAAAGUUGCACGAGUGUGAAAGGUUGGGUCAAACGUGGGACCCACUGCAGUGUAUGUGCACUUGUACGGAAGACGAGCAGGACUGCUCUACGGGCUACUACUUCAGAAAACGAGAGUGCAGAUGCAUACCAGUUGAAGACUACGGUUUCUAGUUCACAAUUCUGUCAACGAUAAUUUUGUAAUAAGACUUCCUCUGCUGCUGUACACAGAAACAAAUGGUUCUUCACAAUAAAAACUGUGAUACAUUA